GGGAAGAAGACAUUAAACAAUUUGUUGAGUGAAUAUCAUAAUUUAUAAAUAAGCGUGUUACUCCCCAUUAUUCUCGUAUUUAAAAUGGAAGUUGAUCCUGUUUCUGACGGUACUGAACUGUAUGUCCGAAACUUAGAAGAUGUCAAAUCAAUAAUCAAACACGCCAAACUAGAUGAUAGGAAUCUCACUCAAAUCACUCAGGCAGUUUACUAUCCUGAUGGGAAGAUCAAUGCCUCUGAUCUGAAACUCCUUGAAUUGGAUAAUCAUCUUCUGCAGCAAAUAAAGCAAGGUCAAACAAUCCAAUUCAAAGGGGGACUAAAUGAUAAGGUUGUUCUCUGCACCGAGUCUAAAACUUAUGAAGUUAAAGAGGCGGAAAUCUCGAACAGCCUCAUGCUUGUUCCAAAUUUCAAAUUUGCUCAAGCAACAAGUACGUCCCCCUUGAAGAGUCCAAAAGGUGGUAACAGCUCAAUCGACCGAAGCUUGAACGACAGUAAUGAAGAAGAGUCGGCAGUGGACCGAUCAUUGGAACGAGUACAGGUCGUAAAGAUAUUCCAUGAGUAUCUGGAAUGCCGAGAAAUUAAGCCGCGCUCGAAGAAGAUAGGUGAACUCUUGACAAUGACAAGAUAUUCAGGUCCAGAGAAUGAAUACUGCAUCGAUCGCAAACUGCUUUUCACUUACGAACAAUUACUUGACACGGUGCAGUGCAGCCGCAAGGAAUAUGCAGAUUUGUUGAGACAAUACCGAGCAAUUGAAGUCAACGGCUACAUGCGUAUUCUGGAAUAUGAUUAUGAGUAUCGUAUUCUAAACGUAAUGCUUGGUCUAAUAACCGAAAAUUCAUGGAAACUGGAUGGCAUCGACCGAGAAGUUACGAUACAAAGUCUUGAAGGCAUUGCCCCGAAAGAAAUAGUGGAAGGGAUUUUCGAUAACUAUACAACGCCUACCGAAAACAGUAGCAAAUUUCAGUAUAAUGAAGAAAUGGUGGCACGGGUGGUUGCCCAGAAUAUCCUUCAACCAGGGCUGAAAUUCCGCAUUGAAGAAUUCUUAACUACUUGGCAAGACGCCUUACCUGAAGGAAUGUCAAUUGAUGAGUCACAUUUACGUGGAUUGGGAGUCGUUGAUAGGGAAUCCAACAUGCCUUGUGUUCGAUCGCUGGCCGAAGAGGACUUACCGGUGAACCUUCAUGAUCGACUUCGUAUAUUGUUCAAAACAAAGCCCAAAUGGACAUUGGAUCAACUGCAGCCAUAUUUGGAGUAUUUUACGACCCCUGGCUGUCCAGUUACAACAAUACUUGCCAAGCACGCACGAUCUAUAACGACUAACGGGCAGAGGUUUUACGUUUCAAAGCAUGGCGGAUAAAAAGACUUAUUUUCACUAAAAAUAAAUUUAUUUACAUCUUUACAAAAAAUG